AUGAAAGGGAUAGAACUGUAUACGGAUGUGGCAAGGCAAAUUGGCAUCAACCUUACUAUCAGCUAUUUGUUCUGUCCUACAACCACUGACAAUGAGAUGAGGGAUGAGCCCUUAAGCACCACCACUGCAGAAGCCCGCUUGAAGUUAUAUUUAAGGGAAGUGAAGGCCAACGAAGGGAAGAUGCUGCAUGGCUUUAGAUCGGGUUGUGCGAUUACCUUGGCGCUGACAGGCACAGAUCUCUCAGAAAUAAUAGAACAUGUCAGCUGGGCACGACGCCACACAGCAUUUUACUACCUACAAUUGGCCAAGGUGUUAAAUCCCAGUGUGGCCUCAGCCAAGUUGGCGGAA